GCUCGUGGGUGGCCAACAGUCGUUCGCCGUUUUCCGCGCCGCGCGGGGCACGUUAAUCGCGUCUGCGUCUCUGGAUCUCUCCCGUCGUGCCUCCGACUCUCGUCUCGCGUCGUGUCGGCGCCGUCAAUCGUACACGCACGCGGGAUGAACGUUUAAUAGCGCCAGCGAGAGCAAGAGCGAGAGUAGGAGAGAAGAAAGAUGUCGAAAGCGGCUGACAGGCAGAGCUACGCGCAGACCUACAAGCUCGUCGUCGUGGGCGGGGGCGGUGUCGGAAAAUCGGCGAUCACGAUUCAAUUCAUCCAAAGUUAUUUCGUGACCGAUUAUGACCCAACGAUCGAGGAUUCUUACACGAAGCAGUGCGUUAUCGACGAUGUGCCAGCCAAACUCGACAUAUUGGACACUGCCGGCCAGGAGGAAUUUAGCGCGAUGCGCGAACAAUACAUGAGAAGCGGCGAGGGGUUCCUCCUCGUGUUUGCCGUCACCGAUCACUCGUCCUUCGACGAGAUACUGAAGUUCCACAGGCAAAUACUUCGGGUGAAGGAUCGAGAUGAGUUUCCUAUGCUGAUGGUUGGAAAUAAGGCGGAUCUGGACCACCAGAGGAGUGUAUCGAUCGAGGAGGCACAAAAUUUGGCGCGUCAGUUGAAGAUUCCGUACAUCGAGUGUAGCGCUAAAUUACGGAUGAACGUCGAUCAGGCUUUCCACGAGCUGGUGCGAAUAGUCAGAAAGUUUCAGCUGUCGGAACGGCCGCCGUUGAAACCGAAUAACAAGACGAACAAGAAGAAGUGUUGCAUGCUGUAAUGACAAAAUUAUUUAUCCCGACGGACGAUUUAUUCAUACUGAUCAGACCGUAUUUUUGGUGAGUGAGUUCCGAUUCGGCGAGGAAAAAAAAAAGGUAUAAAUUUAAAAUGGCGCAAAAAACAGUUCCAAACUUUUGAUAUCUCUGUCGGAAAUAAUUUACACUUUCGCGAAAGGAGAAAAACUUUUUGCGCGUUUACAAUUUGAAACGAUACGGAUUUCGAUAUACUGAUUACGCAAAUCAAAUGUCAAUUUCCGGCCACGUUCAACUGAUAACGAUUACCGCAGACGUGUUUUUUCUAAUUAAUACGCCUAGAAGGCGUAACGUUUUACCAACGAUUAUCAUCGACACUCGACAUCGUCGUUUCGUGACGAUAACGAUAACGAUGAUUAAUUACAAUAUGACAGUAAAAUAACUCUUUUAACUGCCAUUGUGUUUUCUGUUAAAUUUGUAAUAUAUAGACAGGGUGGGAAAAAUCGGGAAAACCUGGAAUUCUCAGGGAAUUUCAUUUUUACCCUUGAAAAUCAUGGAUUCUCAUGAAAUUUUACUGAUACUCAGGCAAAUUUUUUGAAUUUUACUUUUAAAUUUAAUUUUAUCCCUUUAAAAAGUAAACCUGGCCUCAUAUCGAAGGUCCUUGAUAUUGAAAGUUAAUUUGUUUUAAAAUUGACUAUAUAAAGACUCUUAAAUUUAAAAAACGAUAAUCCGGAAAUAAUAAAUCAGGCAUUAAGAGUCUAAUAACGCAGAUCUUGGUGCGUGAGACAAUUUAAUCUUCACAUAUGUAGUUAUAUCUCCAUGCAAAAUCUUUUGUUACGUUCGAAAAAUUCUGUAAGAGAUGUAACUAUUGUACACAUGAGAAGAUUAAAUGGUUUCACGCAUCAAGUUCUAUACGUUAUUAAAACUCUUAGUGUCUAAUUUAUUUUAAAGCUGUAUGGAAAAAUUCUCUAAUCUUACCUGGAAUUUUGAAUAAAAUUCCCGGAAAAUCCGGGAAUUCUCAGGGAAUUCUUUUACAAAAUUUGAGUACCCACCCUGAUAGAGUUUAAUGAAGAGUCAUUCUUUCUUCUAUGCACAGCAGGUCAAUUUUCGUUUCGCAUAAAUAUUAGACGCAAUAGCCCAGUGAUACAAAUACAAACAAAACUAUUUUUGUAAUAAAUUUACAAGGAAAACACAGUCUACAAAAUACUGUUGCUGAGCAAAAAUUUCAAACAAAGUCUACAGUUGUUGUCUGUAACGCGAUGUGAUUGCUUAAGGUGUUUACUGUUUAUAUAGCUAUGAUACAAUUGGAUUUGACAGUGAACAACCGCAUACGGAUCCACAGAGUCCGAGAAUGUUGACAGUCUUGCUUCUGUAUUCGCUGUUUAUCUUCUGGUAUAUAAUAAUGAUCUCGUGUUGCAGCGAAACAUAAUUGAGAGUUGAGACGGAUAGAAAAACAGGUUUUUACUUUAUAACGACAUAUAAGUUCGUGUCGACAAUAUUGUAUGACCAACAGUGUGAAAUAUAAAGGGAAUGUUUCGUGUAUACUAAGAAACAAGAUAAUUACGAUUACGAAAUGCAGAAUAAAGCUUUUGCUUUUCAUCUCCCAUUUUUAAAUACUUUAGAUAGAGAUAUUAGUUUGAAACACUUUACUUUUAUUUACACGUAUGAUCGAAAAAAA